AUGACAGACGUUCCCGCUGUCUCUACUUUCUCGGCCUCAGGAGAGGAUGCGAUUACUCGCACCAUAGAGUUGAAUAUAGAUCCAUCUAAUACGCAAAACAUAGCUCCGUCCGACUUCCUUGAAAUUUACGAGAUCGAACGAACAGUAGCUGCGAUCGUAGAAGGGAACUUCAAACGAAUAGCUCUCCAGUUUCCUGAUGAACUUUUGUGUCAUUCUGUCCCAAUCUACCGUCUGCUCAAAAGUAAAGCAGGCGAGGGUCAUGACAUCUACGUUUUAGCCGACACUUCUUACGGAAGUUGCUGUGUUGACGAGGUUGCAGCACAACACGUCGAUGCAGACCUAAUCGUCCAUUACGGUCACGCUUGUUUAAGCCAGUGCGUGCCCGAGACCUAUCCCCGAUUGAAUGCAACGCUAUCUGUAGUCUAUGUCUUUGGAAAGAAGCCUAUUGAUGUUGAUGAUUGCAUCGACCAACUCGGUCGAUGUUUGACGACUCAAUUACAGCAAGAUACAACUAGUAACAGUAAUAAUCGACCGACCGUUUUACUUCGCUACGAUGUUGGAUAUUCCUGCCGUGCAGAUGUGAUUGCCCAUAGGCUGCAGAAUGAACUGCAGAGCCUAAAUACUAGGGUCUUGCACGACCCACUUCCAACUAGGCUUGAUCCUAAGACCACCGUGCAAAGUCCCCAAACUUUCGAGCAGACUGGUGCAGAGUCCGAUGAGGAUAGUUUCACGAAUGUCAUUAUCGCAUAUAUUGGUGGCGAAAGCCUCAACCUUACAAAUUUAUUGAUGACGCACUCUCAUUGCGAGGUGUAUGCAUACGACCCCUCCACGAGAUCCGCUCACUUGCAAUCGCAUAGGACUAAUAAAUUGUUAAUGCGACGCUUUGCGAUGGUCCAGAGAGCACGAGAUGCAGAUGUUUUUGGUAUCCUUAUAGGCACUCUUGGAGUUACAUCAUAUCUACCCCUCAUUGCCCACGUCAGAAAGCUUCUAGCUCGCGCACAGAAGAAAAGCUAUACGAUUAGCGUCGGCAAGCUGAAUCCUGCGAAGCUCGCGAAUUUCAUGGAGAUCGAGUGUUUUGUUUUGAUCGCAUGUCCUGAAAACAGUAUAAUAGAUUCCAAGGAAUUUUUAAGACCGAUCGUUACCCCUUUUGAACUCGAGGUUGCACUUCAAGCUGAAGGCACUUGGAGUGGACGAUACGUGUUAGAUUUCGAGAAAAUACUCGCUGGAGACUCUGAAAAUGAUAUUGGCGCCACUACCGAAGAUAAUGGGGACGAUCCAGAUCAACCGACUUUUUCCUUGGUUACUGGAAAAUACCGACAAGCAAAACGCUACGGCACUGGAGGCAAUGAGACCCUAACCGAGGAAACGUCAGCUGCUCUUACUCUUCGAAACCAAGAUGGUGCUCUCUCAAAAUUAGCUGAUAGUGCGGCAGCAUUGUUUCUUCACUCCCGCUCCUAUCAAGGGCUAGAAGCUAAAAUUGGAGAAGAUUCUCCAUCUGUCCUAGAGCAAGGCCGCAGUGGUAUAGCUCGUGGUUAUUCUGAUGAUCAUUUAUAAGUAUGUCGGCAUUUUAAUUUCGAGGAACGCUGUGGUAUCCCUCGAAUUGUUUCGAGAUCAAGAACACCGUGUCGUAUCAUAUCAAGUUGUUAUCUGACGAGAGAUUCAAGAGCUCAGCUACUGCUCAAUUGAACAGCAGGACCGGUUUCAUCAUCAGAACUCUGUUUAACCGUGAAACUCCGUGGUUUGUCGAGGCCAUGUCCCGAGGAAGUG